GUGUCUGGCGCCGUUCCACGCGCCCAGCAGGCGGCGCCAGUCCGUGCGUCUCGCGCGUUCCGUUCCGCCGUCGUGUUUCCCAGCGUCGUCGUCAAGCAGCGCGCUGUCGUCACCGCGUAUCGAUUUUCACUCGUUCAGUGAGCGCAGUGCGCGCAGUGCGUGCUGCCCGAUCCACUUCCUGCUCAGCUCGCCCACGCAUCUUCUGGAGCCAAAAUGGACGACGAGGACAUGUAUGAUUCGCCGGACGAGGAUAUAGAUGACUAUUACAAUGAUUACGAUGUUGAUAUGAACCCCGAUGAAGAAGAGCUGAAGAAGGCUGAGACUGAAGAUGCGGAAUUUGAGUGCCUUAAUUUUUUCCAGGUUGAACGUGUGCUAAAUGAAAGUGUUGCCUCAUUGGCUGAAAAAGCAGCAAUCUCACCUUCGCUAGCUCGUAUGUUAUUGCAUGCCAAUGGCUGGGACGUGAAUAAGGUUGCGUCUCUUCUGGCAAACGAUGAAAUGGGUACUCUUCGUAAAAGCGGUAUCUUGCCGCCAGGAUCAGCUACUGUUUCGCGGUCAAAAUCUGGUCUUUCAUACUGUGCCGUAUGUGCUGAGAAAGGUAUUUUGGAUAUGCGUGCCUUAUCUUGUGGUCACGCAUUUUGCGCUGUCUGUUGGCGUUUGCAUAUAGAGGCCAAAAUUUCUGAAGGAGUUGCUUCUCGUCUGGAAUGCAUGGAUCCCAACUGUAGUUUACUUUGUCCUAGCGAGUUCGUUCUUCGAAUACUGGACAAGCCGCAGUAUCGAGCAAGGUACGAAAAGUUUGUCUUUCGCGAUUAUGUUUGCUCUCAUCCUGAACUAAAGUUUUGCGUAGGAAAAGAUUGUCAAACUGUCAUACGAUCAAAGGAAAAGAAACCCAAGAGGGUCACAUGUUCUACCUGCAACACGUCAUUCUGUGUCGCUUGUGGUGUAGACUACCAUGCUCCGACCUCCUGCGAAACAAUAAAGCAGUGGUUGCUGAAGUGUGCAGAUGACAGCGAGACCGCCAACUAUAUCAGUGCCCACACCAAAGACUGUCCUCAGUGUCACUCAUGCAUCGAGAAGAAUGGCGGAUGUAAUCACAUGCAAUGUGCCAAAUGCAAGCAUCACUUUUGUUGGAUGUGUUUUGGAGACUGGAAAACGCAUGGCAGUGAAUAUUACGAGUGUAGCAGAUAUAAGGAAAACCCUUCUGUGGCAGCGGAAGCAAAUCACGUAAAGGCCAGGCGAGCACUUGAAAAGUACUUGCAUUACUACGAGCGCUUCGAAAACCACAACAAAUCCCUCAAACUGGAGCAGCAGUUCCGUGACAAGAUUCAGAGGAAAAUUGAAGCAAAGGUUAAUGAUCAUGAUGGCACCUGGAUAGACUGGCAGUACCUCCAUAAUGCAGCCACAUUGCUCACAAAGUGUCGCUAUACUUUGCAAUACACUUAUCCAUUUGCGUACUUCAUGGAGAGUGGAGCCCGGAAGCAGUUGUUUGAAUAUCAACAAGCGCAACUGGAGAAAGAAGUUGAAGAAUUAGCUUGGGCAGUUGAACGAGCUGACUCGACGGCUAGAGGAUCCCUUGAAGCUCAUAUGCAUCGCGCUGAACACAAACGUACUAGCCUUCUGCACGAUUUCUUCUUCUGAGUGCUUGGCCAAUGUCAGCUGUACUACGUCAAGGCUAGACCAAGCGACGUUACUAAGUUCUAUAGACAAAUCGUGUAUUCUCUUCUCUCUAGUGUAUUGCGUUUUUUACCCUCAGAUUUGCACGGCCAAAUACGGGCUAUCGAGUUUUUUUGCACUGUGCCUGAUGUGUACAUAUGAGCCGCUAGAAGUAGCCUACAUGGUUUGAACUCUUCACAGAUCUGUUCUUUUCCCGUCAAUUCACCUGGGUUGCUCUACAAUUGAGCAGGUUAAGUGUGAAGUGAAGAUUCUAGCUGUGUGGCCCCAAGUUUGCUGGGAGAUGUUUAGCAUGGUUUCUUCCUCUCCUCUGUAUAUCAUUCUAGCUCGUUUUAUUCAAUGUCGUCAAGGCGCAUAUGAGAAGUAAUAGAUCCUAGUGCCUUUUUUAUUUUCAGCUCGAACUCAUUUGUAUAUGUCAUUUUUGAUAUUUUUUUAGAGAUUUCUAAUUUUUAUAACUAUGUUGUAGAAUUUUGUACAGUUUUUGUGUGAAAAUUUGAUAGAGAUGAUCUGUGAAUAAAAGUAAAAAAGCAU